UUUACUUCCACUUUCUGGCUGACUUCCUCAUUUCUCCGUUUUUAAGUAAGUGGGCAGGGGGCAGGUAGAAGAAUGCAAACUGAAAAAUAAUUAUUGCCGGAAACUAAAGAACAUUUCGUGAAUAGAGGAAUUUGGAAAUUUUCCUUGUAAAACGUUCUGUUGAGAAAACAUCUUUUCCAUAACUUCCUUUUAACCUUCGUGGAACAUUUUUCGUCUCCUAGGCACUCGGUGCUCUGCAGUUCUGUGUUUGCUUUCUCUUCAUUUCCUUCUAAAGCCCUUUCCAUAGUACAGACAAGCAUGGAAAUAAUUUAAAAAUUGUGACUUUCUUUGAUGAAAGAGUGAUUUGAAGAAUAGAGGUUAAAAUGUGGAAAAACACAGAUUAACAAUAAACAUUUUUUUUUAAAAAGUCUAAACAGCCAGCAUCAAAAUUGCAUUAACAGGCUGGUGAUCACUUUGAAUGAAUAUAUUUAUUCAAUAAUAUUCCCAGUAUUCGUUCUGACAUUUAAGAUAUGUUCAGCAUAUAUAAUAUAGAGAAGAAGUAUAUCACAUGCUCUGAGACAUCCAGACAUAAAAUGGACUUUAAAAAAUAUUUUUAAAAUUUUUCAUUUAUUUCUUAAUAGUAAUGUGUGUCUAUCAUAGUAUAAAAUAUAGGGUUUUUUUUUUUUUAAGUAAUAACAGUUGAAAGUAAGCCUCCCUUGCUCUCUUGACUCAAGCAGAUAAUUCUCUCAAAAGAGGUAACUACUGCCACCACUGGUUUCUUGUAUAUGCUUCCUGAGAUAGUAUAUGCAUUCACAAGCAUAUAUGCAAAUAGUCUUCUUUUUUAAUAAAAUAAAUUCAUACUUUUUGCACCUUGCUUUUUUUCACUUAAUGUAUUUUAGAUAUAUAUAGAGAGCUGCUUCCCUCUUUUUUACCAGCUGCAUAGUAUUUCAUUGCAUGAUAUAGGUUAAAUUCCUUACCAGUCCUCUACUGAUGUGUAUUUAAAUUGCUUAUGAUAUUUUGUUAUUGUAGACAGUGUUGCAGUGAAUAUCUUUAUACUUAUGUCAUUUUGAAUAUGUGCAGAUGUAAUAACUCCUAGAACUGGAAUUAUUGAGUCAAAGGAUAUAAAGAUAGAUUUUUGUUUUGAUAGAUUUUGAGGGAUUGCUCUUUACAGAGGCAGUACCAGUUAUGCCCCAACAAUAUGUGAUUGUUUUACAGUGCCCUCAUUAUCACAGCAUGUUUUCAAACUUUCCAAUUGGUGAAAAUACUAAUUUUUUCUUUAAUUUGCAUUUCUAUCAUAAGUGAGGUUGACCAUUUUGCAUUUACUUUCUGUCAACUGUUUUUUCCCCUUUUUUGCAUUGGGAUAUUGAUCUUUUUCCUUACUGAUUUCUAGGAGCCCUUUAAACAUUUAAGAAGUUAGUUAUUUGUCUGAAAUACAAGUUGGAGAUUUUUUUUUUACAAAUUACCUUUUGAUUUUGUAAUGAUGGGCUUUUUUUGGUGGGUGUAGGCAGACUUCUGUUUUCAGUUUUGUUAUUUUUAUGCAGCCAAAUGUAUUACUCUUUUCUGUCUUUUGGGUUUGGGGCUAUAUUUUAAAAAGCUUUUUCUACUAUAAGAUCAUCUUUAGAAAUUCAUUUUUUUCUUUUUUAAUAUGGUUUUUAUGUGUAAAUAUUUGAUUCAUUUAAAACUUAGUUUGGUGUAGGGAUCCAAUCUUAUUAAAUUGGAAUACAAAAUGAACCGAUUGAUAAUACACCUAGUUGGUUUAGCUACAUGAGCCCUAGUUGGUAAGCUACAUGAAAAUCAUCCCUAACUCCCCAUAGGCUUAUACUUAAUUUCCCUAGCACCCAAAACAAGUGAGUAGUUAAUAAACCUUUGAUAAACUAAAUUGAAAGGAAGUUUCUAGAUAUAUUACCUUAGUUACUUACCAUUGUUUUGGUUGAAAGAGAAUGGUACCAUGAACACAGCUCAUUUCUUUUGCACGAAACCUUAGAAUCAUGAAAUUUUGGAUCCAGAGACUAGGAUGAUUAUUCACUUGACAAAUAAAUAGUGAGUGCCUAUUACUUACAGGCAUUCUAGUUGGGAAUGGGGAGACAAUAAAUGUCAUGUGAUGCAAUGCUGUGAAUCAAAACAGAGCAAUGUACAGGCAGUAGAGAAUGACAGGAAGUAGAGCAGGGGAUGCACACUAGCACAGGUCACAAAGAACAUUGACAGUUGAAUUGUCUUUACUUCAUAUGAGCACGUGUGCAAACAAAAAAAAUUGAGAGGUAGUGAGAAUUAAGCUUCAGGAGACAGUUCUAAGUAUCCCCGGGAAGUUGAAAGGAGAAUCAGUUGUUUCUGUCUGGGUCCGGGUUGUCUUUAGAUUACGUUGUAAACUAGUGGGCAGGACUAUACUUUUUAGGUUAUUUUCGUUAUAGAUUUUAUGUACGCUUGGAUUAGCAUGAAUGUUCUUUAAGCAAGUUAACAAAUUUUUCAUUCUAAUAGGAAACUAAAGCCAUUUUAUGCAAUUAAAGCCACAAUUACUUUCUACCCUUAGGCAUGUCAGCCAUGGCACUCCUCCCUGCUGAUGGAAGUCUAGUCAAUAUUUUUUGCAGUAAUUUCAAACACUGCUCAAAAAAAUCAGGGAAAAGGGCGAGUCGAAAGUCUUGAGGUACCACUACUUUAUAUUCUCAACAAGGGUAGUUCUGCUUUUAUAUUUAAUUUCUUCUUAACCUUCAGAGUCUUCAGAUGGAUUUUAAAAUUGAACACACUUGGGAUGGUUUUCCAGUAAAGCAUGAGCCAGUGUUUGUCAGGCUGAAUCCAAGUGUUGGAGGAGUGAUGAUGAAAGUUAGUGCUCCAUUUUUCAAUGAUCCUCCAGCCCCACUUGGAGAACCAGGAAAACCUUUCAAUAAACUGUGGGAUUAUGAAGUUGUGGAAGCAUUUUUCUUGAAUGACGUAACCGAACAGUAUUUGGAAGUUGAACUUUGUCCUCAUGGACAACAUUUGGUGCUCUUACUCUCUGGAAGAAGAAAUGUGUGGAAACAAGAACUUGCUCUGUCAUACAAAGUGUCUAGAGGGGAGAAAAAGUGGGAAGGCAGAGCUUAUCUUCCUUGGAGUUAUUUUCCACCAAAUGUGACAAGAUUCAAUUCAUUUGCAAUUCAUGGAUCAAAAGAUAAAAGAAACUACGAAGCGCUUUACCCAGUACCUCAACAUGAACUGCAACAAGGACAAAAACCUGAUUUACACACCCUCCAACAUGCCUUUGGCAAGAAUCCAUCCAAAGUGAAGCCACGAGCCUGGCAGUGUUCAAGCAGCCCCAACAGGGGCCAAUACCACGCCAAAGCAACUCUUGCCCCAGGAAGAGGUGAAGAUAACCACACACACCAGUCUGACUGGCUUCAGCAGUGGGUUGGGGGCAGACAUGUGGUCUGAUUGCAGACCCCGCCCACCAAUGAAAGCUUCUCAGAGGACAACACAGGGAGAGUGUUCUGAAAAAUACCUGAUUUGACUCAACUCAAGCCCAAGGCAGCCCCUGACUGGCCCACUAACAACACAGGGUCCAAACACUGCCUGUAACAGGCAAAGACAGCCAUUGCAGACAAGUGGACUGAAGGCAAACCUGGCUUAGUCACAGUAGCAAGGUGCAUGCAGCACAUAUAAGAGAUAUCUUUGAAGUGCCAGGUUUUGGUGAACAGAGGACGUUGUGCUACAGGACACUACAGGACCUCUUUUUCAUAAGGCCACUGCUUUCAAGAGCAGGAAACAUAGCUGACUUUCCUAACACAUAGAAACAGACACAGACAAUUAGAUAAAAUGACAAGACAAAGGAAAUAUCCCAAAUGAAAGAAUAGAACAAAAUCACUGCAAGAUAGCUAAGCAAAACAGAGAUAAAUAUUAUUCCUGAUAGAGAAUUUAAAGUAAUAGUCAUAAAAAUACUCACUGGACUUGAGAAAAGAGUGGAGGACCUCAGAGAGACCCUUAACAAAGAGAUAAAAAAUAUAAAAAAGAACCAAUCAGAAAAGAAGAACUCAAUAACUGAAAUUAAAAGUACACAAGAGGGAAUAAAUACUACAGUAAAGAAAAUAGAAGAACAACUCAGUGACCUGGAGGACAGAGUAAUGGAAAGCAAUCAAGCUGAACAGGAGAGAGAAAAAAUAGUAAAAAAUGGAAAUAGAGUAA